AGCCUAGCAUAAUACGGGACAUCUCCACAGUUUCGCGGCAGACUCGAGGUUGCAUUGGCUUGGCGAAAUGACGUUUGUCAAAUCUGAAUGUAAUCAUCAGUAAAGUUUUUAAUUGCCUCCCUGAGUUGUGCUCAAAGUGUUGAGAUCUGCUGCCUUUGCAAACUUCCGUGAAGGUCUAUUUACUGCUUAUAGUUGUCGGCAAGUUUCGCAUUAUUUGCAUCUCAUUGAUAUCAACUUGAUCAGAGAUAUGCGCGUUGAUGAUCCGCAAUGAGUUCUUCGCUCGUGUGGCUGCCACCCAAACGAUACGAUUCCAUCAAAUCAAUAUGGCAAGAUCAGUAUAUCUGGUCCCCGUUGCCGGUGGACAACUCCAUCCCCUUGGACCAGACCUCUUUCCUCGACAUCAGCAAGGAUGACGCUGAGGUAGCUCGCUCGAGAUCCAAUACGUUGAGGUCACGGGCAAGUACCGGCUGCAUCAGACAAGUGCAGGACGGAGAGGAAGCUCAAGACCUUGUUGCACGAGCACAGCCUUACAGCGAGGAAGAAAUAUCAUACGCUGAGGCCAUACCAUGCAAAGACAAUCCAAGGCGGCAUGGCGUCAAAGGUACUCCAUCGACCAUAGCACCACGGCCAAGUGCUCUGAGCUCCAAUAGGUUGCGUAGCUUCCAUUUGCCAGGACGCAUCCAAGCUGAACGUGUAUCACCAAAAGCAGAGUCACGGCCAGGGGAACAGGGGCAUAAAGUUAGUCCGCUUCAGGAAAUUGUCGUAGCUGACGAGAAGCCGAGUCAAAUACUUGAUCCGCCCAUCGCGCCAAUCGUUGGACGUGCGCAAUCGACGGUUGGAUUACCUUCGAUGCACCAUGAGUAUCAUUUCAUAACCCUGGGCAACGCUGUUGAGCAGCCCGCUGAAGAGACCCGGCAAGGCACUCAAGCGCAGCAGCGUCGGCCGCUUCCAAAAAUGAGAGAGCCACAAUACAAAUCAGCAGGCAAGGAACAAUCCAAAGUACGGACCGUUACCAAGCCAUCGAAUGAUAGUCUGCGCCGGAAGCCCUCACAACGGACAAGUCAAUCAAAGCGGACUAGUCUCAGGUUGAGUCUGAAUCUCGACGUUGAGGUACAGCUGAAAGUCAGCCUGUAUGGCGACUUGACGUUGACGCUUCUCAAUUGAAGCCCGCGCAAAAGCCAAGACGCGGGAAGGAUAGGAGGGCAUUGUCAACGUUGUAAGACUUUACUUACCAGAGGCUUCCCGAUCAUUAAGCGCAACUAUAAAGAGAACAAGAUUCGGUCUGAGACUGUGCCUCGGAGAUAUUAGACAGGGCAGAUCUCCUGGUAUCAUGUCGCUUGUGAUCGACCGGUUUUAUUGUGUGCAACAUUGCUCGCUUCCCGUUUGAGCCAUGUACCGUUUCGGUUAAUUUCGAGGUAGUUCUCACCGCCAUCAGUAGAAGACCACUGGAAAUUAA